AAAAGCCAUUACGCACAUCCACUACUACACAUAAAAACAGAAAAAAAAAAUACAGAAGCCACUUCCUCACCACCACCGUCUCUCUCUCUCUCUCUCUCUCUCUCUCUCGAUAGAGUUGCAAAAUCGAAAUUCCGCGAUUACUCCGAAUCAAAACCAGGUGAUACAUAUUACUUAUGAUAAUUUUCAUCAGCAAAAGCUGAAGGAAAUAACCCAUAUGCGACUUACUGUAGCAUGAAAAGCGAAUUGGCAUAAAUUUUGUUUGCAACUAUCUCUUUGAUUUAAUUCUUGGGAAAAUGUCUAGUGGAGAGGUCAGAAAGGUCUCACGGGAAGACAUACAACUGGUGCAAAAUCUUAUAGAGCGAUGCCUACAACUUUACAUGAGCCAAAAAGAAGUCGUGGAUACUCUCUUGGUUCAGGCAAAAAUAGAACCUGAUUUUACUGAACUUGUUUGGCAAAAGCUUGAAGACGAAAAUCGGGACUUUUUCAAGGCAUAUUAUUUAAGAUUGAUGGUGAAGGACCAAAUAAUGCAAUUCAACAGGUUACUUCAGAAACAAAUUGAGCUGAUGGAUCAGAUGUGCCCACCUGGAGUUGCUUCCAUACCUAUGUCUAAUGGAUCUCAUGUCCCACCAUUGCACCAGAACUCAGCAUACUAUGCUCCAGAACAUGCCGGACCUCCUCUGAAGGUGGAGAACAUGCACCAACCUAUCAAUUCAAGUUUCCCCAACUCUUUUCCCAAUGGUGGGUCAUCAUCGCUAGACCCAUGCAUGCAAAAUGCUGUUGAUAUGUCUGCUCAUGCCAGAAGGAUUGAUGUUUCACCAAACAUUUUUUUGGCUCAGAGCUCAACUGCGGGAAUGAUACAAGGAAUGAAUGGGGUGAUGAUCAAAUCAGAAGCUGGUUAUGCAGGCAAUUCCUCGUACAUGUUUGGUAAUGAAGGCAAUGUCCUUGAAUCACGGCCUGCAAUUGGGGACACAUCUGUUUCAUCUUUCAGUAGUGUAGCAUCGAAUUCACAUCCCCUGAAUGAAACACUCCUGGAUGCCGACAGUUCGUCAUUUGGAUUUUUAGGGCAGAUUCCUAGAAACUUCAGUCUUUCAGAUUUGACAGCUGACUUUUCUAAUAGUGCUGAUAUAUUGGAGACCUACUCCAGAUCACCCUUCCUAGCAGCAGAAACAGACAACUUCUUGGAUCCACAUGGCAGGGGAGAACAAGGGGACAAUAAGAGGUUGGACACGAUAUCAGAAGGCUUGAGUUAUGAAGAUUUUGGCAGUGAUUGAUUGAAUUACCCAAUGUUUUUUUGAUCUGGUCUGUUAAGAUAGGAGCUCUGUAAAUAGCGUCAGAAUUUUGAACUUAUUGAAGGUACUGAGUGUGCUUAGGUAGUAAUUUGACAAAUGGCGGGUGACAAUUAGUAUGUUCCCAGGGAAAUGAGCUAGAAAAAAAAUCGCACAAAAUAUGUUUCUUUUAGACCCUUGUGGUUAUGAACUUACUCCUAAGUUAGGCUUGUCAUACAAACAUAGACAAUAAUACCUCGUUAGUAUGCUUGUGAGUAUUUUCAUAAUGAUAUAUUUUGUUGAACAAGAGGUUGUAUUAUUGAUCAAUAUUGAAAUUUGGAAAAACACUUUUGCUUCU